AUGAGGUCGUCGACGCUUUUCGUUGCAGCCGUCAUGGCUCUCGAGUCUCUGGCCGCGCCGGGCGGGUCUCUUGAGAAGCGUGCCCCUGUUGUGUAUCUGGCGGGAGACUCGACUAUGGCGGAGAAUGGCGGUGGUAGCGGCACUCAAGGCUGGGGCCAUUACUUACCCUACUCGCUCUCCAUAUCUGUUGUAAACAGUGCUAUUGGCGGUCGGUCUGCGCGUAGCUACACCGUUGAGAGUCGCUUCCAGGCCAUUGCCGACAAGGUCAAGUCCGGUGACAUUGUCAUUAUCGAAUUUGGCCACAACGACGGCGGCUCCCUCACCCCAACCGACAACGGCCGCACCGACUGCCCGGGCGCCGGCUCGGAAACAUGCACCUCGACCUACAACGGCGCAACCGUCACCGUGCUGACAUAUCCCGCAUACCUCCAGAACGCCGCCAAACUACUCAUCUCCAAAGGCGCCAAGGUAAUCAUCUCGUCUCCCACGCCCAACAACCCCUGGGAAAGUGGCAGCUUCUCCUACAGCGCGAGCCGCUUCACAACAUACUCCAAAGCCGCCGCAUCGGCGACCAAGAGCAGCUUUGUCGAUCACGGCCAGUACACGGCGAAUAUCUGGCAGAGUCAGGGGAAGAGUGUGGUCGAUGCGUUUUUCCCGAACGAUCAUACUCAUACGAGUGGACCGGGGGCGGAUACGGUUGCAAAGGCGUUUGUGAAAGGGGUUGCGUGUGUAGGAAGUGCGAAUCCAUUAGCAGCAUAUGUGAAGAAUUCGACGGCGAGUAUUCCGGGGUCGUGUAUUUGA